ACCACUGAGGACCCCAAACUUGUCAGUGGCACCUUAGCUAUCUGAUAUCCCACACCUCAUCUCUCUAACAAAGAAAGCAGAAAUUUCUGUGCAGUGACCGGGGUAGUUUACCUAAGUUUGAGCCAGCAGCCUCCUUUUUUAUUGCUUCUCUAGUGCCAGGCCCAAAGACAAAGGAAAAGAAAAGAAGAUGCUAAACAUAAUCUCCUUGGUGUUAGUCUGCCUGAGCCUUGCCAACAACGCAUAUACAGAAGAGAAUCGCCUUCAGAUCUUUGCAAGUCCAGGUGAAAAUGUUAGUUUGCCCUGCAGCCUGAACCCUAUUGAUGGGUUACAUUUUGUUUAUGCCGGAACCAGGAUCAAGUGGACCAAGCUUGAGAGUGCUGAUGAGGAAACUGACGUGCUGAUUUCAAUGGGUUUCCACAAGCUCACAUAUGGACGCUUCCAAGACCAUGUUCAUUUGCAGGAGGCUGAUCAAAAUGAUGCCACCCUAAUUAUUAGCAACAUUGUCCCAGAGGACUAUGGCAUAUAUAGGUGUGAGAUCAUCAGUGGCAUGGAUGACGUUGUAGUGGAGAUGGAGCUUCGAAUGGGUGGGGUUGUAUUCCCAUACUCCCCACGCUUGGGCCGCUACAACCUAAACUUCCACGAUGCUGAGGCAGCCUGCCUGGAGCAGGGUGCUGUGGUGGCAUCCUUCCAGCAGCUCUACCAGGCCUGGAGAGGAGGGAUGGACUGGUGCAACGCUGGCUGGUUGAGUGAUGGAUCUGUACAGUACCCCAUCAACAAACCAAGACAUCCAUGCGGGGGCAAUGUUGUUGCUGGACUCAGGAGUUACGGCCGGCGUAACAAAACCAACAGCCUAUUUGAUGUUUUCUGCUACACCACUGAACACAAUGGAGAUAUCUUCUUUGUGGAUCAGAUACUGACCUUCCUUGAGGCGAGGCAGGCCUGUGAAGAUAAUGGAGCUGAACUUGCGAAGGUGGGACACAUUUACGCUGCCUGGAAGCUGCAGGGCUACGACCGUUGUGAUGCUGGAUGGUUGGCUGAUGGUAGUGUAAGAUAUCCCAUUUCCAAACCUAGGAUGAAGUGCAGUCCCACAGAAGCAGCUGUCCGUUUCAUCGGAUUUCCCGAAAAGAAGCACAAGCUCUAUGGGGCCUACUGCUACAGAGCUAACCAAUAAUUUGCUGCUCCUUUCCUAAGAUCAUAUACCAAACAAAGAGCUAUAACACACAAGCAAUGACUCCUAAAACAUGUCAGUUAUCAUGAGCACACAUUGAAACUAGGUACAAAGUACAUACUGAAAUUUUUGUACUAUGCAUUCCAAAUACACAUUGUAUAUGGUACAGUUAUUCAUCAUAAAACCUUAUUUUUACAUAUUAUUAUUAUUUUUUUUAUAUUCAACUUGCACAAUUCAGUUAUCUUUUUUCAGUAAAAAAAAUCUGGAAUGUAAUCUUUUCAAAUAAAUAAAUAAAUAAAUAAAUAAAUAAAUAAAUAAAUAAAUAAAUAAAUAAAUAAAUAAACAAACAUGUAAAAAAAAAAUAUGAACCUUUUUGACACACCUGGCAUGUCUUGUCAGAGCACUGGCCACUACUUUUUUAUCUGAAAAUGUACUUUUCAAUUUUAGCAGGCUUAGUAGCUAAUUAUAAUAGAUAAUGUCAUAAUAUUUAUCCUUUUACAAUUUUUCUCACAAUGUCCUCAUUUAGUUAUGUGCUGAAAUACAUUGUUCCUAGCCUUUUUUGAUAAAUUGAUAACAUUUAUCAGAAGGUUAGCCAAAACAAAAGUUUAGUUAAUAUAUCUUCUUCCCUAGCAACAAAUAAAAAAUUAAUAAAAAAAAAUGACAGGCUACUGGAGACACAAUGCAUUUUUGUUUGUUGCAAAAAGUUGCAAAUUACAGUUACAUUUGACUUUUUAGACACACCAAAUCUUUAACAGAACCCAGUUGCUUACUAGCGACUGAACUUUAAAUGACUAAUCUGAGCCUUGCACUUAAUUGUGAGUCUCAAUAAAACUAAACAUUAUGUCAUCAGUUGGGUUUAUUUCAAAACACCAAUUUUUCAUAUAUUUAUGAACUAAGCUACAAUGCCUGAAAGCAGAUGCCAUAAUGUGUAACUCUGUAGACAGAGAUUGUUUAUGUGAUUGGGAAGACAAUUCUAACUAUUAUUCCUCUUUGUACUACCAAGGUACAGUGCACACACAAUGCUUCUUUUUAUGCCCAAAUCAUUCUUCUUCUUCUUCUUCUUCUUCUUCUUCUUCUUCUUCUUCUUUUUUUUUUUUAACUAAAAUGCAGUGUAUUGUUUUUACAUCAAGUUCCAAAUGGAAAAUAAAAUCUAACAAACAUUGAAA